AUGACGACGAGACUCAAGAAGAACAGGAAGAAGCGUGGCCACGUCAGCGCCGGACAUGGACGUAUCGGAAAGCACCGAAAGCAUCCCGGAGGUCGUGGUAACGCCGGAGGUAUGCACCACCACAGGAUCCUCUUCGACAAGUACCAUCCUGGUUACUUCGGUAAAGUAGGUAUGCGCUACUUCCACAAGCUCCGCAACAAGUUCCACUGCCCGAUCGUGAACCUCGACAUGCUCUGGUCUCUCGUCCCUGAGGAUCUGAAGGCGAAGUCUACAAAGGACAAGGUUCCGUUGAUCGAUGUGACUCAACAUGGGUUCUUUAAGGUUUUGGGGAAAGGUCAUUUGCCUGAGGGGAAGCCUUUUGUUGUGAAGGCGAAGCUUAUUUCGAAGACUGCUGAGAAGAAGAUUAAGGAAGCUGGUGGUGCUGUUGUUCUUACAGCUUAGGGUUUUUGUCUUGUUUUUUGGAUCUUGAGUUUUUGAAACUUAUGUUUGGUUUUAUAAAUCGUUGUUAUGACAUUUUGGGUUAGAGUUGAGAUUAUGUUAUUAAUCGUUUAUGUUCUGGAAUAAUUUGUGGAAUUUAUCGUUAGGUUGUGAUUUAAAAGAAGACGAUUACUUAGACCUCACGGUACUCGAAAAAGAUAAUAGUAGACUUAGCGAGUAGCUUGUAAUGCACGUAUGUUACUAGUUGCUGUUUCUCCAACACGUUUUGCGAGUUGUAG